UUCCCCCCAAAUCCUUUUCUUCUGCAUAUUUUCCCCUGUGAAGCGAAAUAUCUGAGAGAAGAAAGUCUACCUGCUGUUGCUGGUCAAACCGUCAUGUUGAUGCUCAGUGUCAGCGUCGUCUUUCUGUCUGUACUGCCAAUAUGCCAAGGAGAAUCCAGCCCGACCACGCAGUCCACCAAGAAGCUCUCCGACGAGUUCCUCCUCGUCAGGCACCUCUUCGGGAAGUACAAUCGGCACGUCCGCCCGGUCUCGCACAACCGGGAGGUUACCAACGUGUCCCUCAAAAUCGCCCUCUUCUCUAUUCUCAGAUUGGACACUCGCGACCAAACUUUGUACCUGAACACGGAGAUGAUCAUGGAAUGGCACGACCACUACCUGGAGUGGAACCCAGCCCUCUACAACGGCACGAGUGUCAUUCGAGUGCCAUAUCAUGAAAUAUGGCACCCCGACGUCAUCCUGUACAAUACCGCUGACCAACAUUACCGACGCAGCAUUAUCAGCACCAACGCCAUCGUCCAGAACACGGGCCAAGUAAGGCUCCUGUCCCAUGCCAUGUUCCUCUCCGCCUGCGACAUCGACAUCACGUGGUAUCCGUUCGACCAACAGGACUGCACGCUGUACCUCUCCUCGUGGACGUAUGAUUCUAGUAAGAUCGAACUCUUCGAUGGAGCUGCGGACUUGAGCGAAUAUUCAGAAAAUCCCGAAUUAAUUCUAAAGAAAUUUUACAGCGAGAAGACAAGUCACAAGGAUCCUUGCUGUAGCCUCCCUUUUUCUACCGUUGUGUACCACCUGCAAAUGCAGCGGCGAACACUGUACUCUGUUGUCUUUUUUGUCCUUCCUGGCAACAUUAUCAACAUCUGUGCUCUUCUGGUGUUCCUGCUUCCCCCCGAUUCUGGAGAGAAGGUCAGCCUCUCCAUGAACUGCCUCAUAGCCAUGAUGGUGUUCCUCAUGGCAGUCACAGUGAGCAUUCCAUCGUCUCCUAACGUGCCUCUCAUCGGUCAGUUCUACCUGGCGUGCAUCACCAUCGUCGCGCUCAACCUGCUCAUGAGUGUUUGCAUCCUCCGCUGUCGAUUCUCAAACGAACUGAAGGUCCAUGGCAAAGUCAGAACGUUGUUGAGAUGGCUGGGGCGCCUGCUCUUCAUAAGGAUUCCACAGCAGCUUCAAGACAAAUGGCACAUCGAUCAGGACAAAGAAGAACUUGAUCGCACCACAGAGCGCAUGCAAAAUCCGCCCAAAAUAUUGACCGUAGCGGGUGCAAGACCGUUUAGAGGUCACUUGUCAUCCGAGAAAGUUAAUCAAGAUGAGAGCUGCCAAGCAAGAAUUACGUCACUCCUCGAGAGUAUUUAUUCGCUGCAACUGCAAGAGCAAUGCACGUGGGCCUCCAAAGAAAACGAUAUAAGGAAAGAAAUCGAAGUACUUUACGUGUGCCAGAUUCUGGAUCGAAUCUUUUUCAUAGUGUUUUUGUUUGUGGUCAUCGGAUUCAACGUCGGUCUUAUGACGUCUUCUCCUUACAGCAAAGGCGUCGAAUACUACUCAUCGGGUUACAGUAACUACACUGACACCUGAUUUUCUCUCAAAAUUAUUGCGAACCGAUCGUCGAAGCGAAACAAAUGACGUUCGAUGCUGAUAAGAAUGAUAAUGUAGUUGUAGUAGUUGUAGUAGUAAUAAUUAGGAUGAUUAUUAUAAUGAUGAAGAGGAGGAUAAUGAUAAUACCAUUAAUGAUGACUAUGGUGAU